CCCCGUAGCGCCGUGGCCAGCCCGCGGCCGGCCGGUGGUCAGCGGGCGCCAUGGCCGCGCCGGAGCCGUUGCGGCCGCGCCUGUGCCGCCUGGUGCGUGGCGAGCAGGGCUACGGCUUCCACCUGCAUGGCGAGAAGGGCCGCCGUGGGCAGUUCAUCCGGCGCGUGGAGCCCGGCUCCCCCGCCGAGGCGGCCGCGCUGCGCGCGGGGGACCGCCUGGUCGAGGUGAACGGCGUCAACGUGGAAGGCGAGACGCACCACCAGGUGGUGCAGAGGAUCAAGGCUGUCGAAGGGGAGACCCGGCUGCUGGUAGUGGACAAGGAGACGGACGAGGAGCUGCGCCGGCGGCAGCUCACCUGCACCGAGGACAUGGCCCAGCGAGGGCUCCCGCCCGCCCACGACCCCUGGGAGCCAAAGCCGGACUGGGCACGUGCAGGCAGCCUGAGCUCUGACGCUGGCCAGAAGGACGUCAACGGGCCCCCAAGGGAGCUGCGUCCUAGGCUCUGCCACCUGCGAAAGGGACCCCAGGGCUACGGGUUCAACCUGCACAGUGACAAGUCCCGGCCCGGCCAAUACAUCCGCUCCGUGGACCCCGGCUCUCCGGCCGCCCACUCCGGGCUCUGCGCCCAGGAUCGGCUCAUUGAGGUGAACGGGCAGAAUGUGGAGGGGCUGCGCCACGCCGAGGUGGUGGCCAGGAUCAAGGCCAAGGAGGACGAGGCCCGGCUGCUGCUGGUGGACCCCGAGACGGACGAGUACUUCAAGCGGCUGCGGGUCACGCCCACCGAGGAGCACGUGGAAGGUCCACUGCCAUCACCAAUCACCAAUGGGACCAGCCCUGCCCAGGAUGCCAGUGCGUGGAAGCGAGACCCCUUCCAGGAGAGCGGCCUGCACCUGAGCCCCACGGCGGCUGAGGCCAAGGAGAAGGCGCGAGCCACGCGCGUCAACAAGCGGGCACCGCAGAUGGACUGGAACCGGAAGCGUGAGAUCUUCAGCAACUUCUGAGCCCCCACCGCCUGCUCACCGGACCUGGGCCUGCCGAGUGCCCCACGCCUCAGUGGACUGGGGGGUGGGCCCACCGCCACCCAGAAACCAACCGUGCCCCCGUGAGCCCUCACCCCGCCCCUCCCACCCACUGGGUGCUGGGGACCAGGCAGCUGCUCCUAGUUGGGUGGGGAGAGACCCAGAGAGGCCGGGACCCAGAAAGAUAACGCAGAGACCGAGAGAGAGAGAGAGAGAGAGAGAGAGAGAGAGAGAGAGAGAGAGAGGGGUUUGGUAUGGGGGCAGGGCACGGCCCACGGGGCCAGGGCCUUUGCUGUGGGCCCAGGCCUGCUGACUGAAAGGAAUUUGCGUUUUUGCUUUUUUUUUCCCAAAAAGAUCUUCAGCUGCACACAUGUUUCCACUUAAUACCAGAGCCCCCUCCCCCGCUCCCUCGGGACAGGCUCUCUAAAUAAUUGCAAUAAAACAAACCUUUCUCUGCAAACCAGUUCCUCCCCACCCCCUCGGCAGGCCUGGGCACGGGGGCACGCCAGUCGCCCACCCCUCCCCGAGCCCUGGGCCCUGCCUCGUGCCUGCCUGGCACCCACCGCUGCAGAGUGGCAGAUGCCUCUGCCUGUCCUCCCACCCCUGAACCCCCGAACCGA